CCUCCUGGGUGCGGGGCUCAGAUGCCCAAAUGCCUCUCCCUCCCCGCCGCCCCCUGUAGUUUCAGCCUCAGUGUCGGGUGUGCGCCGAGUGGAAACGGGAGAUUCUGAACCAUCACACCAACCGAAACGGGGACGUCCACUGGGGCAACUGCCGGCCGGGCCGCUGGCCCUCGGACGCCUGGGAGGUGGCCAAGGCCUUCAUGCCCCGCGGACUGGCAGACAAAGCAGGACCCGAGGAAUGUGAUGCCGUGGCUCUUCUAAACCUCAUCAACUCCUGCGAUCACUUCAUGGUUGAUCGAAAGAAAGUCACAGAGGUGAUUAAGUGUCGUAACGAUAUCAUGCACUCUUCAGAGAUGAAGGUAUCUUCUAUGUGGCUUCGAGAUUUCCAGAUGAAGAUCCAAAAUUUUCUGAAUGAAUUCCAUAAUGUCCCAGAGAUUGUGGAGGCGUACUCCAGAAUAGAAGAGCUGCUGACAUCUGACUGGGCUGUCCUCAUCCCCGAGGAAGAUCAUCGAGACGGGUGUGAAUAUGAAGCAGGCAUUUACCUGAGUGAGAGCCAAGUCCAUGAAAUCGAAACGGAAUUUCUAAAGGAAAAACUUCAAGAGAUUUAUCUUCAAGCAAAAGAGCAAGAGGUGUUGCCAGAAGAGAUCUUAAAUCGCCUGGAAGCGGUAAGAGAAUUUCUAAGAAGCAAUGAGGAUCUUAGGAGCGGUCUUUCAGAGGAUCUGCAGAAGCUGGCCAGCCUGUGUCCACAGCAUCAAACACUGGAUUCAAAGGAGCCUGGGGUACAGGCAGCCGCAGGGGAGGCCUGAGGUUGCCCUUGGGCCAAACCAGACCUGUUCUUUGAAAGUCAGCACGACUUCACCCUCAGCCGUGCUUUUCUGUGCGAAAGGGGAGACUCCCAGAGCACUCUGCCCGCCCAGAGGGAUGCUGUGUCCCUGAACUUCCCUGUCUCCUUUGGGGGUAUCGCUUUAUACUCCUAAGCGUGGUGUUGUUAGAUACUGUUAUGCCAAAACUGUUACCCAGGGGUCUUUGGUGUUUUUGCUUUUGUUUUGUUUUAUUUUGUUACUAUUUAAAAGGUGAUGUUCUUUUCUGGUCCUAAACUCUGGCUGCUAAGCGCA